UCUCGGGCAGGGCCGGGAGGGAGCUGCAGCGGCAGCCAGACCCCCGGCUGUCCCUGGCUUCGGGAGUGUGGGCUUGCGAGGACGCUGCGCUCACAGGCAUUCUCUUGCUAGUAAGGAAGCAGCCUCUACGGGGCUUCUGUCUCUUUUUGGAGUAGAAAAUAACUCUAACGUCGUCACUCUCAGCAAAACUCUGCUGUGGUAAAAAUUAAUUAACAUAAAAUAAAAGUUACUUACUUAGCGUUAGCUGCAAGUAAUUCAGUUAGUUUUUAAUCUCAAAGAUAAGUGCGUUUUGUGGCCAGAGUGGCUCUGCGUCCUUACUGCCCCAGCCAGAGUAGCUCUCCAUCAUGCUGCCAAGGGAUUGCCUGAGCUGUUCAAGAAGCUCCUUCUCAGUAGUCAGUUGAAUUUUGGCCCGUCUGAGGUUUGCAGUGAGAGUGUCGGGGGUGAUGAUAAACUGUACGGCUCCCUAUCAGUUAGCAACUGGUCUGAAGUGCAACAACGUGGGGUAGCAAACACAGUGCACUGAUAACAGCUGAGGGUUGGAUAAACAAACGGGAAAGGAAGGGUUGCAGAUCUAGUAACUGUCACUUUGUUCCAGUUUGCUCUCAGUUCUUCCAUUAAAUAAGGAAAAAAUGUACCUCAGAGGCUGCUGACCUCAGACCUUGCAGAGACCUGCUUUACCAGGCAAGUGCCUCAGUAUUGGCCAAGAGGGAGAAAUGUAACUUUUAAGGCCUGCAGAUUCUUAUUUGAAAUAGCUGUGAUGGCCAGUCACCAAGCAGAAGUUCAGAGUUUGAAGCUAGAUAAUGACUCAGUUAUAGAAGGAAUAAGUGACCAGGUACUGGUGGCAGUUGUGCUCAGUUUCACUUUCAUUGCUGCUCUGGUAUAUACACUUUUAAGAAAUGAACAUCAGAAUAUACACCCAGAAAAUCAAGAACUAGUGCGAGCUCUUCGUCAGCAGCUUCAAACUGAGCAGCAGGAUGCUUCUGCUGGUGAUAGACAUCGCUUCUAUACAGAUAUGUCCUGUCCAGUCUGUUUGCAACAGGCUACAUUUCCUAUAGAAACAAACUGUGGACAUCUCUUCUGUGGUUCCUGCAUUAUUGCCUACUGGAGGUAUGGCUCAUGGCUUGGUGCCAUCCGUUGUCCAAUCUGCAGACAAACGGUAACAUUGUUUUUACCACUCUUUGGUGAAGAUCAGCAGGAUGCAACCCAAGUAUUUCAAGAUGUUAAUGAUUACAAUCGGAGAUUCUCAGGACAGCCCAGAUCUAUUAUGGAAAGAAUUAUGGAUCUGCCCACUUUAUUGCGGCAUGCUUUCAGGGAGAUGUUUUCUGUUGGGGGCCUCUUCUGGAUGUUUCGCAUCAGAAUAUUCCUCUGCUUGCUUGGAGCCUUGCUCUACCUGGCUUCACCUCUGGAUUUUCUUCCUGAGGCCCUCUUUGGAAUUCUGGGGUUCUUGGAUGAUUUCUUUGUCAUUUUUCUUCUACUGAUAUAUAUCUCUAUCAUGUACCGAGAAGUGGUAACACAGCGGCUGAAUAGAUGAAAUGGAGGAAAAUGACCCAAAUGCAGAGGCGGUUGUGGUAUGUUUUAGAAAGAAAGCUACAACAUAAGUAUGAUAUAGCAAGGCACCUGUGUGCAGUUUCAGUAGUUACAAUUUCAUAGCUGGUCAUCUUACACAAAUAUGAAGAGUUACUAUAUGGUGAUGCUUAACUGGAAUCUUUAAUUUGUAUAUUACAUAUGCUUCAUAAGGAUGAGGUUAGUUUUAUAAUGUAAAAAACUACCUUCAUCUACUUCCACCUGAUGAACAACUGUAUGUAAUCAAAGCAGAAAACACCUUUUUUGGUGUGUGGUUUGUGAAAAAAGAGUUCUAUUAAAGGACUUCUAACAAAAAAUCUGGUUGGGUAAUCUAGACAUGCAUAAGGAAAUUCAGAAAUUCUUCACAGUACAGUUAUCAUGGCUAAAUUGUUUAAUGUCUCCCUGUUGUGGGCUAGAGUUUUUUUAAAUAAAAGUAGUUUUGUGUGUUUCUGUGGAAGAAGAAACCCAAGGAUCACGUUACAAUUAUCACCCUGCAGUCUGCUGUUGUCCACAUGCUUCACAAAACCAAGGAGAACACCUCAGUAUUACUUGAACUGCACUAUGUACGGUUGCAUGCAAUUCGUACAAUUUUAUUUUAUGUUUGGGAAUAUACACACAGUAUCUGGUCUAGGUAGAGAAACCAGUAUUAUGCAUGCCAGUCUGGUUAGCACUCUCUUUUUAAACAGGAGUGUGGUUUUUCUCUUCAGGCUUGUUUAUUUGGUGGGUAUGUAUGUUGGAAGCAGGGGUUUUAUGCUACUUGGGGUCAAUGCAAUGUACCUGAAGUGAGAGUUUGCAUUCCUUAGUUUCAUUAAAGCAUUUAGCCAAUGGAGAGACCCCUCAAAUUUUAGAUAGUGGUUGAAGAAAAGAAAUCAGAACUGGAUGUUUACAUUACAAAACUUUACCCGAAUGUACAUUCUGCAAUACAAGUAUUAAGCAACUUGGAUAUUGGGGUAUUUGAUUUUCAGUUGGGAUUUUCUUGUUUGGUUGGUUGAUGUGGAUGUGGGUAGAGGGGGUUCUGGAUUACCUUGAAAAAGAUCUGUGAUAAGGGACCACAAAAAAAUCCUGGAAAUGUUUUCCAAAAUACCAGGGUAUUAAUUAUCCUUAAAGUUGAUUUUUUUUUUUAUGUUAAAUUUGAAUAUAGGUUAUCAUAGCUACAGAAGUAAUUUGAAAAUAUUUUCAUUUUAAGAAAUGAAUGCCACUAGAAAGGUCAAGGGUAUGACAGAUCUAUGUACUUUUUAGCUAGAGGAAUGAUAAUUACCAUUUUAUUUUAACUUCCUGAGUACUUGAAAGACAGUGAUUAGACAGGUGAUUCUUUGAGUGUUUACAUAUAUGGGAUGAGACUUACAAUGAAAGGGACCUUUUCACAACUUCUGUGUUUUGCCCAUGCAGGUGUCUUUCCACAACUUCUAGCAGCUAGGCAAGUGCAGGAAGAUGAUAGAGCUGGCAUCUGACGUGUUGGUGGCUGGGGUCAGAGAUUGUCCUUCAGUGUCAGUGUUUUAAAUUACAUUCAUUUAAGAGUAAAUUCACUGAUUCUUCAUUUGAAAAUUUGCUUUUGAAAAUCCAAAGACAUUUUACAAAUGAACUGGAAAGCGAAAUUUUUCCAUGUUGCUCUUUGUUAGAGAUGGGCAAGAGGAGAAACAGGAAGUGAAACGUGGGAGGAGGAGAGCAAGACAGAAAAUUACAUUUUUGGAAGCAGAUGCUGUUGGUUUUGGCAAACUAACUGUUCUUGAGCAUCUUAGUUGAGCUUUUCCCUUUGUGUUGGCAUUGCUAAUGUAUUGUGAUGGUUUAGUGGCUACCUCGGUUAAAAGUCAUUAAGGUAUUAUUGAGUAAGCGUGGGAUAUUCAUAAACUGUUAGGUACAUUUACAAAGCAAGAUAGUUGUUUAGGAUGUUAGGUAAGACAGGAUUUUGCAGUUUGGCUGUAAGCAUUGUUUUGGUUUUGGGGUUUUUUUCCCAAGAGAUCCACCUGAGAGCAAACUCAAAAAAAGUAUUUUUAAUUGAGUAAAUUUAACACCCCCUUUUUCUUCUGGAGCUUAACUUGUGGAUCUGCUUAGAGAAGAGUAUGAGCUGCUGUUGUAGAACAAUUGGAGUCUGUUCAUAGAAUCUGCUGAUCUAGUACCUCCUCCAUAUGUUUAUCUUAUGAUUGUGUUUAUACUUUUUCCCAUGACUCUCUAAAUCCAGAGUGGAUAUAGAUGUACAUGAAGCUGCUUACUGAUUUGUUUUCUCUGAGCUCCCCAAUUCCAUAUGCUACUGUGAAGUUCAUGCAGAAGUAUCCAUCUAGGGGGUUUGGUCCUGAAGAACAGACCUUCUUGUAUACCUGAAAUCAUGACAAGCCACAUCUGAGUAGCUAUAUAAAGCUUACUUGUGUUCUGUUUCUUCCUUCACUACAUUUCUGCUAGCCAGAAGGGUUUCACUCAGAGGCAUCUGCUUACUUUUGAAUAUUGAGUAACAUUGUAAGCUUAAAUUCAACACAUUAAGUGCUUGACAGAAUUAGGACCAUCCUUCCUUUUCACCAAUAAGCAUGCUUGCUUAUGGAGACUUUUUUUUGGUCCUGCAAGCCACUGAUGAACAGUAUUAUGACUUGCUUAGGCCUUUUUGUACAGCUGUAACGUGAAGAUGCAUCGGUCCUGCAGCAUCUGGCUGCUGCUCCUUUACACAAAUCUGAGCUACCUGUAAAUUAGCUAUCUUCGGUACUUAGCUUGAGCUUACUUUAAGCUCUAGAGCUCCCAAGAAUCUGGAGAUUAAUACAUGAGCAGGUAGUGUUCCUGAACUGUGUGCUGCCAAGUUGUUCUGGCAGCAGUGUUAAAGGAAAGUGCUAGAGCUAAGCAUUGGCUUCAGAAUGUGUAGGAAAGACGUGAUGCUGCGUGGAGAGCGACUGCAAACGUUGCUGCUGUUUUGUCUCCUGGAAUGGGGCAGCUGUGUCACUAAGGGGGGGAAAGAAAAAAAGGAAAACUUUAGCAGCAAACAAGAGAUACAGGGAAAAAAUAGUUCUUUAAAGAUUCUGACAUCUUCACCAAAAAAUGUGUGAAAUAUUUGAUUGUUCCAGGGGAACAAAGGGGAAAACUAAAGUUAUACUUAAGAGCUCUUACAGAAUAACUUGUAGCAUCUUGAGGCCUAAUGAUCGUCAUGACAAGUGCUGUAUAGAGCGGUCUGUUUCUGUGUUGUUUUGUGUCCCACACCAUUGAUGUCUAUGAGGAUGAGACAGAACGGUGUGAUUUGGGGAUACAAUUUUGCCAUAGGUUUCAUAGAACUGUAGCAGUGACCUCUGUGUUACACUAGAUUUUUAAGACAAAAGGAUUUAAGCCUACUUGUUAUUACUUUUAAUGAUAAUAAAUUGCUGUUGAAUUAA